CAAAGGUUGAAGGUAACAAACGAGUACCGGCUCAAGAAAAUCUCGGCUCAAGGCGCUUGACAUUUGAUCCCCUCUGCCUGGGUAACCUCCAGUGGGAUCGAGUGCGCGUCAGGGAGUCACACGUUUGUCGCCUAGAGUGAUAUUGCACUGCCAUUCAUUUGACACGUUUGAUCGCUUUGAGUGGUCUUCAAUUGAUUUGUUUUACACGUUUGUCGCCUAGAGUGAUAUUGCGCUGCCAUUCAUUUGACACGUUUGAUCGCCUUGAGUUGUCUUCAAUUGAUUUGUUUUGCUGGGUGCUUCCGAGGCAGUCUCUGCAAUCUUUCGUUAUGCCACACGUACGGAGUGCAAGUGCUCGCAUUAUGCGUCGGGCGCUGGCUGUUCAAAACGGAUACUGUGUGCAUUUACCUAUUCGUUUGCCUCUGGAUGGUUUGGUGCCACCUACGUGUCUCCCACCACCAGGGCUGGAGCGGGCGACUGUCGAUUUGGUUCUAGAUUAUCUCUUGUUGCGCGAUCCACCUGUUGUUAAACGCAGUUUGGAGGAGGAGGAGGAGGAGGCCGACAUUAUGACUGUUUCGGAUAAUUUUUCUUGCCGUAUGCAGGCUUCUGAAUCGCUGGUUGAUGUAGAUAUUGGAGUGCAGGCUUCUGAAUCGCUGGUUGAUGUUGGAGUGCAGACGGUUGAUGUUGCGGACUUUCAUUGUGAAGUCGGCUGUCAGACAGAUAGUGUCGUUGGGAUGGAGGGAGGAGCUUCAGGAGUUCUUCUUGGGAAAGUGACUGUGGCGGCGGAGGAGGACCUGGGGGCACCCUCGAGUGCGGAGUCUUCUCCGAACGUGCAGUCUGAUUCUGAUAGCCGCGCCUUGUCAGGAGCGUCCCAGGGGUGUCUGAAUCGUCCCGUCACGCUCGAUGAGGUACCGAAGGAGUCGCGCCAGAGGGCUCGAGGGAGAGAUCGUGACAAGGUCAAGGGGACAUCGACGUGCUCUCAGGCCACCAUUGCCGAUGUCAAAGCGUGGAUUGACGCUGUUGCCAGCAUCAACGAGUUGAAUGCGAUCCAGUAUUUAAAGAACGGAAUGGAUUUGUUUGAUAAGCUGGUGACAGAACGUUGGUUCCCUACAAAGAAGGCCCAAAAAGAUUAUGUUCGGAAACUGUAUGAGAUGCUCCAGAAUGUGCAAGCGACGCUGGAGGAUCUUCUCGGAUUCUUCGAGGUGCACAGGUUCUUGACAGGACAAAUGAACCGCGCCGAGAUGGCCAAGUUUCUUGAGGUUUCCAAGUGCAGCGAUUACCGAAUAAUAUUCUUCGGACGCCCGAGGAGUUUCGACAAGUUGGGAUGAAGCUAUUCGUGCGCACUUGUAUGCAACUGUCGGUUCAAGAACAGCGAAGGCUGUAAUGCUUGUAUCUCACCUGUUCUUGUUUUCCUCACUUUAUCUCUCUGUUUGACCUCUCGCUGGAGCCAUGAUGGCUUCACGGCCCGCUGUGGGCCCCACUAAGCGCUUCAGGUGUGUAAAGGGCAGGAGCCCCCCAUAUUCUUCAGGUGACGUUCUUCCACGGGUUGUUUCCCCGUCUAAUUCGUGGAUUAUUUCACAUGUGACGUUGAGCAUACGCCUCUUGUCAUACGGCGGGUUGAACAUGCGUAUUUCGGAUUGGUUUGAUGUGAAUAAGAGUUUGUGCUCACUCACGCCUUGCCUGUUUGGAUGCGUCCGCUCCUUGCUCCGACUAGGCUGGAAAGCCUGCGCAGUCGACCGCAAAGUCCGCAAAACAAAGGUUGACGGUUUACCGCCGGCGCCCAGUACCUCGUAGAGCUCUUCGGCAUCGAUGAGCUAGAGGAAUUCCGGCGCGGGAUGGAGCUAGUUUGCCGACCCGACCACAAGAGAAAAUUUGGUCCCUGCGGUAACCUGGUGAUCGGUACUACUGCUCACUUUUCGGCUUCGUUUGGAGUGCUUGAUGUUGUGACUGCCUGACGGGGCCCUGUUAGUGGGGCCGCAGGUGUUCGAUUUUGACUUGCCUAAGCCACGCUGGCUCGGCACGUGUCAUUCUUGCUGCCUCAAAGUGUGUCCUUGCCCGCGUCCUUAUUUUGUACUCUUGUACAGCUCAACGAGUGUCGCAGUUUUUCCUGGCUUAUUGUGAGCCUGCUCGCUGCCCCAUGAGGGCCUGAUUAGCGAGACCGUAAACCGCAGAAAAACCUGGUCUCCUCCCCCUCGGGAUCUGGAGGCUGGGGUCUUCCGUCAUGGGCCUCGUCUCGAGCUGCAUCGUGCAGAGAGCGGGGUGGUCUCUCUUACGUUAACUUCCCAUCCUGUACUCUCGCUCUUUUGUGUUCCCCAUACUUUGCACUUUCAUCCUGCAGUUGUGCAUUGUGUUGUUCUUGACAUACGGUACGCUGUGCACUUGUACUGAGCCUCGAGCCAGUGCUUUUCUUCUAUUGAUGUUGUCUUCUUUGGGUGGGCCCCUUGGAUCUCAUAUUCGAGUGAGCGGUCUCCAGAAAGUCACGACUGGCAUUUUUCUUUUAAGCCUCAUGCCUCUCAUAAUCAUUUCUCCGUUGCAGUUCCCAAAUCUGGCAGUUGGAAGCGCAAAACCCGAAUAUUGAUACUGGCUGCCUGGAGGCAGAUUGAGGUGGACUUCAGCUUGAUUGGCGUCCCUUUGACCUCAGCCGCUGGCGUCGGGAGUCAGCGCGCUUCUUCUACCAUCUAUCUGUCUGGUUCUCUCGGAGAGCCCGUGCAGGGACAGGAGGAGGAGGGCUUGCAGCAAUAUCAAGUUUCUUCACAUUAUGAUGUAUCCGAUUCACAGGUUCCCGCUCUAUUUGUUUCGCAUGUGUCAUCGUUGUCGGGGUGCGAGAAGGAGGAGAAGGAGGAAAUGGAGGAUGAUGAUGAUGAUUCGCAGCAUAUUCAAGCAUCCGGUGCAAUUGUUAGUGUUGAAACAGCAACGGAGCUCGUGCCAACAAACCCUCGUGUCAGAAAGUAUUGCUUUGAACGGCCGGUUGUUGCGGACAAGCGUGCUAUCGCUUCCGCCUGGCAACAGUGGCAAGGUGGUGUGGAUCCCGAGGCGCUCUGUAGCAGUGCGCCAGGCAGUGAACCUAUUGUGUGCACGGGCCCCCGCACAUUUAGAGUUGAAUAUGCUUCGACGUCUUCUUGGCAGAGGCAACUCCCAUGCGGAUCUCGUGUGCUUCGAAGGCUGUCUUAUUGCAGCGGGCUCGGAUGAAGAGCUCGGCGUGGGCUCCACUUCCUGUAUAGAUUUGCUUCCGGGGAUGUGGAGGACGGUGGAAGAGUUGCUGCACAAUUUGGGUCACGAUGUGGCAUGCUUUGCAGUGCAGCGAGGUUUGGGAUGGUGUUUUCCACGAUGAAGAGCUCAUGGAUGAUCUUCUUGAGUCGGUCGUCGUUCGUCCAAGAUGUGACGGGACGAGGAUCUGGGAAGACGUUCGGCAAAGUUAGCUGUACUCUCGCUCUUUUGUGUUCCGCAUGCCGUACUACCGUGCACUUUCAUCCUGCAGUUGUGCAUUUUUCCUGACAUACGGUCCGCUGUGUACUUGUACUGAGCUUCAAGCCAGUGCCUUUCUUUAAAUGAGAUUGUCUUCUCUGGGUGGGCCCCCGUUGGAUUUCAUAUGCGAGUGAGCGGUCUCAGGAAAGUCACGACUUUCAUUUUCCCUACAAUCCUCAUGCUUCUCAUAGUCAAUUCCCCGUUCCAGUUCUUCGUAUCAGUUCCCGUUGACAGGAUCCGCGAGCUGCUCGCUCGCAUAUUUUUGAAACAUAUGGAACGGCAUAACUGAGUUAUUGACGGUGAAACACUCAUCGCGAUCCGUGGUUCAUUCGACGGAGGCGUUUCCUCUGUCGGUGCUGGCGGAGGGUAGUGGCUGGAUGGAGAGCUUGCACCGCCUCGUGACAUAGAGAGGGCCAAAGGACGUGAAGGCGCGAGGAUGUCAAGAUUUCGACCGAUCGCGGAGGAGGCGUUUGGCCUGGAUCCGCGGUCGUCUGUGACCGAGUGCGAGCUUGAAGCUGCGGCCAGGCUCGCGGUCUUGGUCUGUGAAGUCCUUCGUAUCGUGGCCACUUGCUAAUAUUCUCCUGUUCCAUAUUCCUGCGUAUACUUGAUGCCUAAGCCAACCUGGCUCGGUAUCCUCUUGUAACCUUCACUUCUGGCCCUCGUUUGGAGGGUCGUACUUGACUUGCGAGACGGUGUGCGGCAUUGUCUUUGGUCGCGUUCUUGUGGUUUGUUAUCGUCAUGCUUAAGCCACCCUGGCUCGGCAUUUCUCUCAUGAUGCCUCAAAUAAGGUCACUUGUAUUGCCUCGCUUGUAUGUCUACGAGUGUCGCUGUUUUUCCUGGCUUAUUGUGAGCCCGCUUGCUGCCCCGCGAGGGCCUGGCCGCGAGACCGCAAGUCGCAAGAAAAACCUGGCUGACGGCUGACCGCUGACUCCCAGUUGACCGACCCGCCAGGGCGGACCUUUUUUUGUUGUUAUAUAUUUAUACAUAUAUACAUUGGUG